CUAAAUUCAUUUUACUAAAAACAGUGACAAAAUGAUACCGAAAAAAACGACGGUGAAGGACUCGCACAUAGUGAAGAUAGCCGUAGAGAGGGAGAAUCAUAUGGCGCAGUUGAUAAACCUGGAUCAGAGACAUCCGCUUGCAAGCAAAAUCCAGGAUAUAUGCAACGGCUGGUCCAUCAGCGACCACCAGAAUUACGCGCUGCAGUUUUGCGAGUCAAACAACAAGAAAUAUGUGACGGAAAAGAACCGAAACGAGAUCAAGAAUGGCUCUGUACUGCAGUUGCAGUACUCGCCGUCAAAGUCGGCCAGCGAUGCCAUGGAAACGCUGCUCAAUGGUAGCCCUCAGGAGAAGGUCCUGCGACUUAAGGAUCUCACAUCGCUGAGCACCGAUCACACAUUUGCAUUGGAAUUUAUUAAGGAGAAGGGUCUUGACAGACUCAUUAUGAUGAUUGAAGAUGUCAGCCAAAAUAACGAAGAGAUCCUCAAGUACAGCUUGAGCAGCUUUGUCGAGCUUAUGGAGCAUGGCACGGUGUCCUGGGAAGUGCCCGAGAACUCAUUUGUCGCACGAAAUAUUGAGAUUGUGAGAAAUUUCCAAAAAUAUCCAACGAACUGUGGAGAGAGCGCCCUCUCUAAUCUGGAAAAUAUCGUUCAGUGCAGCAGCAAACACUUGCUGGUGGCGGAAGACAUCAAGUUGCAGGAUAUUCUGCGUCUUCUCCAGGAAGUCAACUCGCCAGUGAUGCGCCAGAAUGCUAUAGCACUGCUAAAUGCUCUGUUCAAGGCAGAUGAGGCUCGCAGGCGAACGAUUGCAAACACUAUAAGCGCAAAGCAGUUCCGCCUGGCCUUGAUUGGUAAUGGGCUGGGUACGGAGAUGACCCACCAACUGUAUGUGCUCCAAACGUUGACUUUGGGCCUUUUGGAGAAGCGCAUGCGUAUGAAGAUGAAUGCCCAAGAUCAGGAUGCCCAUGAUAAAAUCAAGGAGCUGCGUCGCAUUGCCUUUGAUGACCACACCACUGCCCUGAGUCAAAAUGACGACCACAUUCGUCGAGGCGGCGGAUCGGGGGCUGGGAAUAUAAACUUUUCCCAGUACUACAAAAAGUUGGGCUUCAAGUGCGACAUCAACCCCGCUCAGGACUUUAUAGAAACGCCCCCAGGCAUUCUGGCCCUCGACUGUAUGGUGUACUUUGCCCGCAACUACACCCAGCAAUACGCAAAGAUUGUGCGAGAGAACUCAUGCCGCGCGGACGAGCACGAAUGUCCAUUUGGACGCACCUCCAUUGAACUGGUGAAGGUUCUGUGCGACAUUCUGCGAAUUGGUGAACCGCCUGCCGAACAAUCCGGCGAUUUUCAGCCCAUGUUUUUUACCCACGACUCCCCCUUCGAGGAGUUCUUUUGUAUUUGCGUCAUAACUUUGAAUCGAACAUGGAAGGACAUGCGAGCCACAGCGGAAGACUUCACUACCACCUUCAGUGUGGUGCGGGAGCAAAUUCAGCGCACUCUGAAAUGCAGACCAGAGAAUCUGGAGGACUUUCGCAAUAAGAUAGCUCUACUCCCCUAUCAGCAAAUCACAACCCUGCGUCAGCAGGAACGCACGUCGAAGGAAGAGUGCGAUUCCACAGCCUCGGCCAUUGUCAAACUGAAGGAGAAGAUAUCGCCACACAUUCUGGAGCUAAUCAAGCAACAGCGUCUAUCAUUUUUGAUAGAAGGUACUCGUUUCUCCAAGUAUUUGCGUGGAACACGAACCAAAGACAAGUUCUGGUAUGCCCGUCUAUCGCCCAACCACAAAGUCAUCCAUUAUGGAGACUGCGAUGAGAAGAACAUACCGACAUUGGAGGAGCUGCCCAAAAAGCUGCCCAUCAGCGAGAUCAAGCAACUGUUGGAGGGCAAGGAGUGCCCGCACAUGAAGGAGACACGCAUACGAAAGUCAGCAGUGAACUUGGCGUUCUCCAUAACGUUUGAGAACAUGGAUCACUCGACACUGGAUUUUGUGGCCCCCGACGAGAGCAUAUUCAAUUACUGGACGGACGGUAUCAAUGCCCUGCUUGGCCAGCCGAUGGUCAGCAAGCAAAAGAACGAAGAUUUCGAUACACUGCUCUCAAUGGAGAUUAAGCUGCGUCUCCUCGAUACAGAGGGUGUUGAUAUCAGCAAGGAUCCACCACCCAUACCGGAGGAUCCCGAGAACUAUGAUUUCUGCUUCGAAAGCUAAGGGAAAAUAGAAUAUAGCAAGUGCAUGAAGCAAUCAACGAUAACCAUUCGUACCAUUUAGAUUCCCAUCACCUCACCCAAGAUACAUGCCAAAGUGUACCCAUUACAUAUUCUCCGAUUAGAUUUGAUUUGAUAUUUUUUUCGUAGUAUUAUUUGUGCAAUUCAAUCCGCAAUAUCGAAAUGAACAAAAUGAAGGGCUUGCAUUCGCUAGCACUCGCAUUUUGUGAACACUU